AUGCUGACGGACAAGUUCCUCCGACUGCAGUCCGCUUUAUUUCGCCUUCUCGGACUCGAAUUGUUGCACGAGCAGGAUGUUGGCCAUCGAUAUCCUUGGCGCAGCAUCUGCUGCAUUCUCUCGGUGGCCAGUUUCAUGCCCCUGACCAUUGCGUUUGGCCUGCAAAACGUCCAAAAUGUGGAGCAAUUAACCGACUCACUCUGCUCGGUUCUCGUGGAUUUGCUGGCCCUGUGCAAAAUCGGGCUUUUCCUUUGGCUUUACAAGGACUUCAAGUUCCUAAUAGGGCAGUUCUAUUGUGUUUUGCAAACGGAAACCCACACCGCUGUCGCUGAAAUGAUAGUGACCAGGGAAAGUCGUCGGGAUCAGUUCAUCAGUGCUAUGUAUGCCUACUGUUUCAUUACGGCUGGCCUUUCGGCCUGCCUGAUGUCCCCUCUAUCCAUGCUGAUUAGCUACCACGAACAGGUGAAUUGCAGCCGAAAUUUCCAUUUCCCAGUGUAUAUCCCUGGGACAAUAUGAAGCUGUCCAACUACAUCAUUUCCUAUUUCUGGAAUGUGUGUGCUGCAUUGGGCGUGGCACUGCCCACCGUUUGUGUGGACACACUGUUCUGUUCUCUGAGCCAUAAUCUCUGUGCCCUAUUCCAGAUUGCCAGGCACAAAAUGAUGCACUUUGAGGGCAGAAAUACCAAAGAGACUCAUGAGAACUUAAAGCACGUGUUUCAACUAUAUGCGUUGUGUUUGAACCUGGGCCAUUUCUUAAACGAAUAUUUCAGACCGCUCAUCUGCCAGUUUGUGGCAGCCUCACUGCACUUGUGUGUCCUGUGCUACCAACUGUCUGCCAAUAUCCUGCAGCCAGCGUUACUCUUCUAUGCCGCAUUUACGGCAGCAGUUGUUGGCCAGGUGUCUAUAUACUGCUUCUGCGGAUCGAGCAUCCAUUCGGAGUGUCAGCUAUUUGGCCAGGCCAUCUACGAGUCCAGCUGGCCCCAUCUGCUGCAGGAAAACCUGCAGCUUGUAAGCUCCUUAAAAAUUGCCAUGAUGCGAUCGAGUUUGGGAUGUCCCAUCGAUGGUUACUUCUUCGAGGCCAAUCGGGAGACGCUCAUCACGAUUGUGCGCACUGCUAUAUCCUAUGUAACGCUACUCAGAUCCCUGGCCUAG